AUGGCAGGAAGAGAGGAAUUAGUUGCCAGGAGAGAAGAAGAAGAAGAAGCCAGCUACACGGAGACCUGGGCCUCAGAUCACAGCUCCCUCGUGGCCGGCAAUCUCUCCUCUUCCGAGAGGAAACUGGAUGAUCAACCAGCUGAGUAUCAGUUGCAGAGAGGGAGGGAGGGAGAACUGGAGGAAGCAAGUGAAGGACCUGCAAUAAAGGUAAAAGAAGCUACAGUGAAUGAAGGAGAAACUAACUCAACAGGAGGAACUGAGGGAGUCGGAAGCGUUGGCAUGGAUUUUGCCAUUGGACAACGAGUCCUGAUUGGAGGAGCGGAGCCUGGAACUGUCCGUUUCAUUGGCUCCACCCACUUUACAGCGGGGGUGUGGAUUGGAGUUGAACUGGACGCAGAGAAAGGGAAAAACGACGGAUCGAUUGACGACGAACGCUACUUCAACUGCCCUGCUGGACACGGGGUCUUUGCACCAGUCAGUAAAGUCUCACUCUUAGAAGAAGAAGAAGAAGAAGGAAAAGAGGGAGUGGAAGGGGAGGAGAGAGGUGGCUCAGAGGAGAGCUCAGUUCCAGAGGAGGUGGCUGAGGAUGAAUUUAGCGAGGGAUCAGGGGACGCAGCCAUGUCGGAGGAAGAGGAACCAGAGAUUACACUCUCUCCUAGACCACAGGAGACUCAGGGGAACGAGGGAGAGGGAGGGGGCGCCACCCUUCUCUCGGAAGGCACCCACCCUGGUCCAGGGAAGAUGGCUGAGGUGGAGGGAAGCCGAGAUUUAGAGCCGUCUUCCCCAGCAGUCCCUCCUCCGCUCACCCUCCCCCAGGAAGAUGUACCCACUGCCCCGCACCUGGCAGCUCCUCCACCGGACAUCGCCAGAGAGGCUCCGAAACAGACUGCCGAACCGCAGACUGCUCACCUCAACACCAGCGUGGACCAUCUGACAUCUGACCUCGUCCAGGAGCUGGCGAAUGAAGCAUUUCAGACAAUGCACCGGAUCUGGCGACACCGUUCUCCCUCCUCCCCCACCUCCCCCAGACCCAACCACGUAUUGGAGACACCUGUGGGUCCGCGGAGAAACAACCAUCACCUCCGACGCGACUUGGAGCCCGCUGAGAGAGAAGAUGUGAUGAGGAGUCUAGAACGGAGGAAGAGGGAGAAGCCGGAGCUCACGCUGAAGGCCGACAAGAUCUCAGACCAGCUACUGGCUCUGCUGCUCAAGUCGGAGACCGACUUGGUGUGUGCUCUUCGUUCCUCCAAGUCCUCCCCAGAGCCACCCUCGUCUCCUCACAGACACGGAUCUCCAGCUCUCUUCUCGCCUCCAUCCCUACCCACCAUACAAGAGACUGUCUCCCCACCGCCCUCUCCUCCUCUCAUGUGCCUCUCUCACCAGUCUCCUCCUGGACCAACAGGACUUCACCUCAGCCCACUGCAUGGUCCCCAGUGCCACACACCACAUCGAUACCAUCGUCCAACACACUUGUUCGCUCUGGAACGACCUCCGUGGCUCCUGCAGUGAACCCGCCCUCUCUCCGCCCGACUGUCCCGCCCACAUUAUCUCCCUAUUCUCCGAUCUCAGCUCCAGCGAGGAACACUGCCACGAGGCUUAUGUCAGACUUGUCUACGACACUACACUCCAGGUCCUCCGAGACUCCGCCCCUCGCGACCCCGACGUCUCGGUCUGGACCAGAUUCUCCCCCGCCCUCAACUCGCACCUGGUGGCCGCCCGCACACAACGCCAGGCGGAGUUUGAUCUUGACAGAGUCCAGAGGAGAGUGAGGGGGAGGUUGGUACGAGGCCAGCUCCCCUGUCCCCCUCCCCUCGGCAAAGUUCCUUCACGGUAUGCGGCGAGUCGGUGGGAAAGAUGUUGAUUUCAUCGACUCGGUCCUCAUCAGGGAGCUGAGGAGAGAGGAGGCGAGCUGGGUGGACUACCACAGAGACGAGACUGCAGUGAAACUGAGGGUAGCAGACGGACUCCUUGACUCUCUCCUGACAGAAGCCGUCCACCUCGUUGCUGACAUCGCCGAGAGGAAGACACAGAAACAGUCUUAGACUCUCCCUCCGUUCCUUACUUCCUCCUCAAUGUAUAUACUCCUCCACCUUUGUACACACCUCUUUUCAUAUUUGAUACGUGUUAUUUAGUUUUAUC